AUGGCAGAAGCUGCAAACGCAAGGCUUGUGCGUUGUCCCAAGUGUGAAAAGCUCCUCUCCGAGCCUCCAGAUUACUCUCUUUACGAGUGCGGUGGCUGUGGUGCUGUUCUCAAAGCUAAAAAGAAAGGGUUUAUGGAAGAUGGAUUGUCAGAGGUAUAUGAUUAUGCAGAAGGUGUUGAAAUUUCCGAGAAAGGUAGUACACGUAAUGUUUCUGAGGUGGGCAUGGAAAAUAGCGUAGGAAUUGAACAUAAUAGAGCAAAUGAGAUAAAUGAUAUCGAUAGAGUGGUUUUCAAUGGCAGUUCCACAACAAGGAUAGAAAAUAAAGAAGUGCCAUUCAAUUCCCAUGUGAAGAGAGAAGAAAGAGACAGAACUAGAAGACCAGAAUAUUUUGAUGAUGAGUACCACUCUUCUGCAGAGGGUAUGACUAAUGACGGGAGAUGGGGUAAAGAUAUUGACUUGGACAUGAAAAAGCUGGUAUAUUCUAAUUUUCAUAGUGAGAACGAGCUUGAUGAAAUUGGGCAUCCAAUGAGACCAUUGAGGUCUAGGCCUGCUAUGGACCAGUGGGGGCUGGAAAGAAAUCGGUCAAUGGCUUCUUCAGCAAAUGCCAGAGCUGUAGCCCCAGAUGGGAGGUUUGAUAGUUCUCUGUAUCAUGGUGAGAGGCCGUUGAGCUAUGACAUGGAUUCUUCUUAUAGAUAUGGUGAGAGGAUGAGAUAUCGGGAUCAUGAUGUGGAUGGGUUUACUAGAGUCGAAAACUUAGAGAAUGAUCGGGCUGAGCUCCUAAGGAAGCUCGAUGAAUUGAAGGAUCAACUUAUUCGAUCCUGUGAUUUAGCAGAAAAACCUAAUGGGCUCGGUACUGAUAGAAGGAUGCCUACAACUCCACCCGAUCCACAUGGUAGGCAUCAUGCUACUUAUGUGCAAGAAGGCUUGGCUAGUUCACAUGGUGUUAACCAACAACCCUUAGGUCCCAGUGAUUUGAAAACCAUACAUUCAAGUUACGAUCAUGGACGCAUUCCUCACAUGGAUAACUUUGGUUCAAUACUGCAAGAGUCUUAUCCUCAAAGGAACUUCCCACCCGAGUUCUUGGGGUAUGGUGAUAUUUAUCAGCCAGAAAUAUUCCGUAGGCCUCCUAGUCAGCCGCCACCUGAAUUUUUGCAAUGGCCGUCUCAUGAGUACCACCCAGGUCACUACAUGGAUAUCAAUCGCAACCUUUUUGCUUCACAUCCACAUGAAGCCUUUUUACACCAGUCUGCAUGUUCUUGUGUGCACUGCUUUAACAAUAACUGGCGUUUGCCUCCUAAAAUUCAUCAAAGGUCUCAAGACGACCCCAAUCUUCUCUACCAUCCACAUCCUGUUUUGCAACGUCUCCAGGGUUAUAUAUCUGAAGGGUCCAAUUCUCGUCAAAUGCAUUCUCGACAGCCCCUGACAAUGAGUUCAGAUGGCGUUGAUUCAGAAAAUGGUGGUUUAAUUUACCACCGUCCUAAAAAGGCAGUGGUAUCCCAUGGGAGUGGACGAAUCUGCAGUCCCCUAGCAGGCGGUGCCCCUUUCAUAACAUGCUGUAACUGCUUUGAGUUACUGAAACUGCGGAGGAAGCACAUCUCAAUGGCGAAAAAUCAACAGAAAAUAAAAUGUGGAUCUUGUUCUUCCAUAGUCUUGUUCGAGCUCGGUAACAAUGGGAUUAUUAUUUCAGUCCUUGCAAACAUCGACCAAGUUGCAACAGAGACUGUCAGUGGUUCUACUGGAACACUGGAUGAAAAUUUUAGUUAUUCGCAUGGCGAUUUUGGUGCAAAUACUGUUGAUAUGAACCCGUGCUCUAAUGCUUAUGAUGACUCUGAACCCAAGUAUUCUCCAAGAGACAAGAAGUCAAAUUCUAGUGAGUCUGGGAAGCGGCUGGACCCACUUUCUCUAUCUUCCAGUUUCUCUGAGAAUGAGCAGAGACUGGACAUUGUACAUGCUAGAAAAGAUAUUUCUCCUUCUGCUGAGUUGCCUUUUAAAGAAGUCACACCUUACCCACUUCCUGAUUCACUUCCCCAUCAAUGUCCUGAUCAUUCUUCUGCUAAUAAUAUGGUCAAUCGAUAUGAAAAGGGUAACGAAAGUAAACGAUCUGAGCAGGAGAAGGUUGGCCUUGAUAAGCUUACAUCUCGGCAGAAUUCUGUAAAAGAUGCACCAGUGGCAACUGAGAUGGACGUAUCAUUGAAUGAAUUUUUGAAUAGCUGUGUAUCUCAGGACUCGGUUGACAAAAGUAAAGAAGAUCAACCAAGGAUCACUAAAGGGGGCGAGUCUUUCUUCGCUGGUCUUAUCAAAAAGAGCUUCCGAGACUUCUCAAAGUCUAAUCAAAAUGUAGAGGAUGGAGGAUCACAAGUGUUUGUCAAUGGGCAUUUUAUACCAGAUCGUUUAGUUAAGAAGGCUGAAAAGCUAGCUGGACCUAUUCAACCCGGAGGGUACUGGUACGACAUUCAAGCUGGAUUUUGGGGUGUCAUGGGACAUCCUUGCCUUGGGAUUAUCAUGCCAAACAUUGAGGAAUUCGAUUACCCUAUGCCAGAAAAUUGUGCUGCCGGAAACACGGGGGUUUUUGUAAAUGGGCGUGAUCUUCACCAGAAAGAUUUAGAUUUACUUUCUAUCAGAGGUCUUCCAAUCACAAGACAUAGAUCUUAUAUCGUUGAGAUUUCUGGGAAAGUGAUGGAUGAACACACCGGUGAAGAACUAGAUCGCCUUGGCAAACUUGCCCCAACGGUUCAGAGACAGAAGCGGGGAUUUGGUAUGAAAGUUCCCAGAGUGGGGUAUAACAUGGAGUGGAGUAUUCGAGGUUUGAGACCAAGCCAAUCCUGGCUUAUGGCACGGGUGAUGGGCUCGAGGGUUGAAGCAUGUGGCACUUAUGGACAGGCCCAUGACUUGGGUCUAGCAUUUAGGCUUCUCUAUACUCGAUUCACCGGAUUUUCUCCUAUUUCCGACAACACAUUUCUUGAAAAUGCCCAGAUUUCACCGCUCCCUGUUCUUCCUCUAAUUUCUCAAGAAAAAAAAGAUGGAUUUCCUCCUGAAGAAGAUGCUGGAAAGUGUAAUGUAUUUAUCGGGGAUUGGAUUCCUUAUCAGGGAGAACCCAUCUACACAAAUGAGAGUUGCAGCUUCAUUGAAGACCACCAGAAUUGUAUGAAGAAUGGACGGCCAGACACAGGGUAUCUCCAUUGGAGGUGGAAUCCUCAUGGUUGCAAGUUGGCUCGGUUUGAUCCAGAUAGGUUUCUGGAGUCGAUGAGGAAUAAAAGUUGGGCACUGAUUGGCGAUUCAAUAUCACGAAAUCAUAUCCAGUCAUUGCUUUGCAUUCUCUCUACGAUGGAAAAGGCUGUUGAAGUUUACCAUGACGAGGGAUACAAAUCGAGAAGAUGGAUUUUCCCCACGUACAACUUCACCAUAUCAGUUAUUUGGUCCCCUCUCCUUGCAAAAGCCUCCAUUUUUGAAGAUGUGAAUGGCGUUUCAACAUCUGAGAUUGAACUACAUCUUGACAUUCUUGACAAGAAUUGGACUAAACAGUUUCAGAGCCUCGAUUACAUGAUAAUAUCUAGUGGUAAAUGGUUUAUAAAAAAUGCAAUCUACUAUGAGAACAGCAAGGUACUAGGCUGCCACAACUGUCCUAAGAGGAACUUCACAGAACUCGGGUUCAAGUUUGCUUAUCGCAAAGUCCUCCACAUUGUUUUUGAUUACAUUAUCAGGUCUAACCACAAGGGCACGAUCUUCUUCAGGACCUCUACACCCGAUCACUUUGAGAAUGGAGAAUGGUUCAGCGGUGGGUCAUGUAGAAGAACAGUGCCAGCAAAGGAAGGCGACUUCGGGUUAAGUGACGUGAACAAAGCUCUACGUGAAGUCGAAUUAGAGGAAUUCGAGAAGGCAUCAGCUAAAGCUUCUCAAAAUGGGGUAAACCUUAAACUUUUUGAUGUAACUCCUCUUUCGUUAUUGCGCCCGGAUGGACACCCGGGUCCAUAUAGAUUUUUUCAACCAUUUGCCAAAGAUAAGAAUGCGAAAAUGAUAAAUGACUGCCUGCACUGGUGUCUUCCCGGCCCGAUCGAUUCUUGGAAUGAUCUGUUAAUGGAUAUGGUGUUUAACGGUUGA